AUGUCUCCCGUGCUCGCUGAUAAAGACAUCAACACCUCCAACUCAAGCACAGAGACAAACAGCUCAAAUAUGUCACAAAAUGAUACGAAGGAAGCUCCGAAGUCUCUCGCAUAUCAUCGCCAGAUGCUCGAGGCUCGGAUGAAGGACCAACCGAAUGAACCGAGCUAUGUCUCCCCUUCCGAUAACAUCAUGUCGCCAUGCACCCAGAAGCUCAGCGCCUAUAAAAACAAGCAUUUCUCCAAGGUUAAACCGCAAUCACUUUUUGCGAAGAAGUUGUCCACGGCCGGUCUCGACGAUGCAUACAGAAACCCUCAGACAACAGAUAAAGCUACCUAA